GCCAAUUAGGAAAGACCAAGUAGAUGUAAUACAUUCUGGUAGUAAUAGAUAAAUGUGCUUAAUGUUUCUUAACUGUAAUAUAACCAGUCAGCUUACAACAUGUAUGUUCUUGCUAAAUGUCAACCAAUCCAUGUAGCUGCCACGUUGGAAAUUACCGGACCAAGUACCUCACAUUGUUGUAACUGCCAUGUUGGAAAUUACCCUUUUCUUUAUUUAGUCCCAAUGAAAGCUCCCAGACACCAUUAGGGGCUCUCAGACGGACCCACUGCCUUAGUAAAGUGAGGAGUCCGAGCUUAAGCCCUAAAUAAAGCUCUUUGCUGUUACGUAUGUGUCCAGCUCUCUUGGUGGUCUUUGGGGACUCCGUGAUCUGGGCAUAACAUUUUGGGGCACAUCUGGAAUUCCUAAGACCCCUAAGACCCCCGACACAUUGAGCUGAACCACUAGCUGGUGUCUGUGUUUUGACUUUCAGUCUGUGUAAAAGCAAGCUUGCCCUGUAAUUCUGAUUUUGCUCUGUGAUAUGGUGGAGGCGCCACUGGUGACCACCCUGCCUGGGCUGUGGGUCCUGGGUGCUCCAGGCCCACCUGGAGGGGAUUCAAUCCUCUUAAUGGAUUUACAGAGAGGAAGCAGGCCACUCAGCUCCCAUGGUGUGGCCAACUAGUCUAGCCAGAUUGGUGAGCUGUAGGGUCUCACUUUCAGUUUUGCCUCCAGUGGCCAAGAGGAUUUGUUCUUUUUCUGUGUGUAUUCAUUGUGAUUGUCGGUUGAGUCGUGUUUGUGACAGUGACUAAAGAGAUGGGACGAAUGCAGGUGACACCCCUUUCUCUCCUAGAGGACCAUUUCAAAGAAGUCAGGAACUGUGCUCAUAAUUUGAGCAUAGAAAUUAAAAAGGGACAGUUAAAUGCCUUUUGCAGGAGCAAAUGGCCAACUCCUAAUGUUGGGUGUCCAACACAUCAUCUUUGGCAGACCUGGCCACCAAGACCCACCUUUCACUGUUGUUUGGCAAGACCUUGUUGAAAAUCCUCCUCCUUGGCUAAAACCUCUUAUUCCCUCUCAGGCCAGUCCUUCUACUGUUUUGAUCCUAGAAGAAAAGAAGAACCUCCCCCCCUCCCCCCGCCCACCCCUCUCUAUCCUGUUUUACAGGGGUCCGGGGAGACGAUCUUAUUUUCCCUCUACCCUAUCUCCAACCUGACUUCCCAGAACCUCCCCAGGAACCAGAUCAAGGGGGACAACCACAACCCCUGUUACCUGGUCAGACGACCCAUCCCCCUUUGGGCAGUCCCCCACAUACUUGACAGUAGGGUCCAACGGAGCCAGCAGGCUGACUCUACCCAGGCCUUUCCUUUUAAGAGUUUUGGGGCCCACUGACCAAUAUGGCAAUCAACCUUACCACUACUGGUGUUUUUGUCACUAGUGAUAUUUACAACUGGAAGUUGCAGACCCCAGAAUUCUCUGAGAAACCUGGGGAUUUAAUAGAUUUAUUAGAUCCUAUAAUUUCACCCACUUGCCAACUUGGGAUGACUGUCAACAGCUUUAGCAGAUCCUCUUUACUACAGAAGAAAGAGAAAAAACUCCCAACUGAAGCUCAUAAGCUAGUCCCAGGGGAAGAUGGGACCCCAACCAACAACCAGGCUAUAAUAAACGAGAGCUUCCCUUUGACCAGACCUGACUAAGCCCAAGUGCACAAAGAAGUAUGGCCACACUUGCAGGCCAUCUAUGAGACUGGACCGCCACCGUUAACCCCACAACUACUGACCGGGGGAUUGGGUCUUUGUGCGCCAUCAUCACCACGAGACCCUUGAACCUCGUUGGAAGGGAUCUGACAUUGUCAUCUUAACCACCCUCACGGCUGUUAAGGUCGAGGCAUCACCACCUGGAUCCACCACACCCACGUCUGCCUAGCAGAUCCCCUGGCUCAACCUGAGGACUACAAGCCACAAUGGAAAAUCGACCAGGAACACAGCACCCCGCUCAAGCUCCAACUCAAAUGCUCCUGAUCCUGACCAUGCUCCUAGCUCUUAUUUAGAGACCUCUUUGGAGGUUAUGGCUGAGAAGCUGAAUCCUGACACCCAGACUGAUGGCUCAGAGCACCUCUUUUCCUUUGGUGUCAUAGCAGACAUUCAAUAUGCUGACUUAGAAGAUGGAUACAAUUUCCGGGGAAAUAGGCGGAGGUACUACAGACACAGUCUUCUUCACUUGCAGGGAGCCAUUGAGGACUGGAAUAAGGAAGGCAGCAUGCCCUGUUGUGUCCUCCAGCUUGGCGAUAUUAUCGAUGGCUAUAAUGCGCAGCACAGAGCUUCAGAAGCGUCUUUAGAACGUGUCAUGAACACAUUCCACAUGCUGAAAGUCCCAGUUCAUCAUACAUGGGGGAACCAUGAAUUCUAUAACUUCAGCAGAGACUUCUUAACAAACUCUAAACUUAACACAAAGUUUCUAGAAGAUCGGAUUGUCCAUCACCCUGAGACCAUGCCUUCUGAGAGUUAUUAUGCUUACCAUUUUGUGCCAUUCCCUACAUUUCGAUUCAUUUUGCUUGAUGCUUAUGACUUGAGUGUCUUGGGCAUAGAUCAGUCUUCUCCAAAGUACCAACAGUGCAUGAAGAUGCUAAGGGAGCAUAAUCCAAAUGUGGAGUUGAAUAGUCCUCAAGGACUUUGUGAGCCCCAGUUUGUCCAAUUUAAUGGAGGAUUCAGCCAAGAACAGCUGAACUGGUUGAAUGAAGUUCUUACGUUCUCUGACACAAAUCAAGAGAAGGUGGUGAUUGUGAGCCAUCUUCCCAUUUACCCGGAGGCUUCAGACAGCGUGUGCCUGGCCUGGAACUACACAGAUGCCCUUGCAGUCAUAUGGUCUCACAAAUGUGUGGUGUGUUUCCUUGCUGGUCACACUCAUGAUGGUGGCUACUCUGAGGACCCUUUUGGUGUGCACCACGUCAAUCUAGAAGGAGUUAUUGAAACAGCUCCGGACAGCCAAGCUUUUGGCACAGUUUAUGUCUAUCCUGACAAAAUGAUACUGAAAGGCAGAGGCAGAGUUCCAGACAGAAUUAUGAAUUUCAAGAAGGAACAUUUUUAGUCUGGUUAUCUAUAGUUUGCCUUUGUAGAAAGAAAAUGACUUUGUGUUUUACGUCAUCACACAAAAAGGAAAAUAAAAAUAAAAAUUCUCAGUCCCA